AUGUUCCCAGCGACGACCACGAAAGGCGCACCCCGUACGACCGUAGCGCGGGUUACACCUCAUCCCAAACCAACUGUAGCCGUUGCGCCAUCGUCGAACACAACACGGCAGCCACGAGUCGCAAAUCGAGCCACAGCAAACACGUCCAACGAUAAAAGUCGAGUUAGUUGUUCAAACUACGCAGCUGCAUAA